AUGGAAAGAAGAGAAGAUGAUGUACAAUACUUUAAGGUUGAUAAAUCAAAUGGUUAACAAGACAAAAUUAUUUUAACUCUAUUUUCAAUAUUCAUGAAUGCUUUAAUUGGAAGUCUAUUCUUUUAUUUUUCAACUCAUGAAAAUAAGUAUGGUGGUGAUUAAUGCAAAUAUUUAAGACCAUGUGCAUUUUGGUUUUCAAUUUAUUGUUUUUUUAGUCUAUUUGCUUGGAUAGUACUAAAUCCAUAUGCAAUUUAUUAUAAACACGAUCAAAUUUUUGAUUAUGCAAACAUCGUUGAGGGAUCCAUUAAACUAGUUUUCUUCAUCAUUUCAUUCAUAAUUUCAAGUCAUUGUGGGUAACUAGCAGUGUUAACAGCAACAUACAUUAUUUUCAAUGUAGUUGUGUUCCUGAUAUUAUGUGGAUUGACAUAUUUCAUUAAACCUAAAAUAGAAGAAUGA